GAACUGCUAAAAAGCCCAAAAGCAGCUAAACGAACGAAACGAGUUUGGGGAAUCAUUAACUAAUAUUUUAUGCCUUUUAUGUAUGGAUUCUUAAAUUUAAAUUACUUAAAAUGGGUGCAAAUGUGUGUCUGAAAGUGGUUAUACCAAUAUUAAUAUUCGGAGUUGCUUCGGUAUGUUCAGAGUGUACGAUUCCAAUUGUUUUACGAAAUACUUGGUUUUCUUUUGAAAAUGGAAAGCAAACUAUUACCGACAUCAACGCAAGCGAUAUGACUGGAAGGGGAGUCUGCGUAAACAUGAAAGCCGAUUUUCACGUAAACUACACAAUGGUUUUCAAAUAUACAAAUUGUUACUACUGUGUGAAGUUGAUUGUGAGGACAAUCAAUGUUAUAGAGAAGUUAGAGACGCCCUGUGUCGAUCUGGCGUUAGAUGAAGAACCAACGGUUGAAAGAGUUUGCAGGGGUUUGAGACAUGACCAGCAACUAACAACACUGUUUUCUGAGAACUAUAUCCCAGUGAAUUGCCGUUCAUCAUUAGAAGGCGUGUGGACAUUUGGAUACCAGAACCGGUUCAGGUUCACAGGAGAGUGCAGCCACCCGGAUGCGCAGAUCAGGUCCUGUCAGACAGCAGGCACACAGUUCUUGAUCACAAACCAGAAAUUCAACAUCACUUACCGAAAAUGCCCUGGAAUGUCUGGAACGUUUGAUGGAGUUGUAGAGUACAGUUGUUUAGGGCAUUGGUUUGUUGGUAAAAACCAUUUCUUUGCUGUGGCCAACACCAAGGAAUCUCGAAAAGACGAAAAAUAUCGCUGCUUCCUUAAGAACAGAGAUGAUGACUUGUACCUCGGCGCGUCAAUUACUCCCGAAUGUAAUGCACUUAAGACUGUUGAAAAGUCCCCAGAAAGGUACAAGGUCACCCCUGUUAAGUCUGAAGUUGUUGAACCUGGUUGUCGGUUACCUCAAAACUUCUCUGGAGACUGGAUCAACACAGCAAACAUUGAUGCAGAUGUGUUUAUAAAUGAAACGCAUAUAAUAGAGACAUACUACCCCGAUGAGGACAGAUACAGAAGAACUAUCUAUGUCUGCCGGGAACAACGCGACAGCAAAGUGAUGAUGGCUCGCCUUACAGUGGAUGGCUGUCAAAAAGAUUAUGUUUGCUUCGAUUUUGUACCACAACAUCACAAUAUAAUAAGAUACCGCAAAGGUCUUGCUAUGAUCCAGAGUAAUUUCCAUACUGUGUGCUCAUGGGUGCAGUUCCCUAAUAAGAAACAAUGGCGCUACGACCUUUUCCUUAAGAAGGAUCCGUCGCCCAUCCGCUGCCCUGUUGCUGGAAAGUUCAACUUUACUCAAAGAGGCGAUGUCAGAUUCGAGACUAGAAUCCUUGGCGGUGUUACAUUGAGCCCUCGUCCAAACUUGUACUGUAAACUGAAUAUAAGUGACUUCUCUGUCUGUGAUACUGACCAAAAGACUGUACAAAUCAAAGAAAAUUACUGCCUCUCAGUGGACUACCUCGGCCGACCGGUGGAUAUUUACAGUGAUCCUGAUUAUAAAAUGAAGUGCAUUGGCUACUGGAAAGAAAAUUUGAAGUCUUAUCUUAUUACUUAUGACGAGUUGGAUCCUUUCUCCAAGUACAGAUGUUGGGUGUAUCAAAGGGCCGAUCUUAAUAGAAUAUUGAUGUCUCAGGCUAUAGGGCCUUUUUGCGAUCUCAAGCAGGAUGUGACGUCAUGGAACUACACAGAGGGCGCCGCAGUCGCCGUCGAGAUGGAGGAGUACGAGAGAGAGCGCGACCAGUGCCCGAUGCACUUUGACGAUGGCAGCGACCCGUGGACCACCAAAGAGAAUUAUAUCAAAAUAUUUAAAUUCAGUUACUCGUUUUGGAGGAGUAACGACGCAACAUUUCUAGCUUUAAGCUUUAAAACAUUUAUACUGGCUGUUCUUAUUCAGCUGUUAUAAUAUUUAGUCCAAUAUCAAAAUUGUGGUUAGUGUUGUGAUAGACCACAUGACAUCAAAUACCUAAUGUAAGUUUUAUAAUUGGCACUUAGACAAGACAACUUAUUGAAGUUUAUCUCUGAAUGAACUAUUCUGUAAUAUGAUGGUAUGAAGUCCGCAUUGGGCUAUAAACUAGUUUAGAACUACAUAUGAGGAUACUUAACUUACAUUUUACACAUUUACUGUUACCUCCUAAGUCCCAGCUUUUUUUAAACGUCAUAGUCCUAGAGGCCUCUUGUUCAUUUUUUUGCACAGAAUAAAUAUUUGCUGUCAGUCCUGAACAGACUAUUUACCAACUCUAUGGACUGUCAGAAUACUCCCGCGAAUAUUCAAAUUUGAAAGCGGGGGGCAUCUAAACAUUUUGUACCGAAAUAUGUACUACUACUAUCGGUGUUUAUUCCUAUAGUAAUUUACUUAAUGCUGGGACUGAAGGGUGACUUUUAUUAUGUACAAAAUUUGGUACCGCAGGACUUAGGUUAAAUUUUCUUUAAGCUUAAUUUUAACUGUGCAGCUGUGUUGUGCUUUGAAUGUAGAUAUAAGCUAAAGUGAAUCUCAUUUUCAUUUUAAGUAUACAAUUUUGUCUCACUUUUACCAGCAAAAUAUACUAAGUAGAAAAUACUUAUAUACAUAUAUGUGCCAUUUGCAACCAAACGGGUACUUAUUGUCGGUUGUUAAUAAGGCGCUAUUUCCAUAUAGCUUCAAUUGGAAAUCAACCUUAUCGACAAGCGACAAUGUGGUACCUUUUGGUUGAAAACGUCACAUAUGUUAGGUAUGUGCCUUAAUUAGGAAGUAACACAAUGGUAGUUAAUAUAAGAACAUAUGUGGUGUCUCAUGUCUAAAGGGUCCUUACGCACAUACGCCUCAUAUACUUAGUCAUUUUAUGUUUUAAAUACCUAUAUUAAAGAUUUAGUUAUAUUGACUAGAUAAUCAUCCGUCCAAAUAUAUGAUUAUGUGCCUUGUGUUUUUAAUCUGUCUGUGGUAGAUGCAUUACCAUUCCAUUUUUAUCCGUCCAAAAUAUAUGAUAAUUAAUAAUUUAUAUAUGUAUACAAAUUUUAUAAAUCUUUUUUUAAAGUAACUAGUACUCUUAAGUUUACAGGUUUUCUGACAUCUACAAAGAGAAACUAUAUUGUAAAAAGCCUGAUUUUAUUUUGGUCAAACUUACACAAUAAAAAUUAUAAAAGGAAA